AUGCUGCUCAACCGCAACUGCCUGAAGUUUUUUGCUUUUGGCAGAGCUCCAGAGAUUGGAUCACAAUGUGAAGCACUGCCUAAGGAUAGUUAUACAAACGGAGCAGUUUACAGUUGGUUCAUUAUUCAAUUUAAUGAAUUAGAUUUGAGGUUUAUGGUGCUCAAUGUAUUCGCGGAGAUCCCUCUGUUAAAGAGCAUGGGCCUGUUGCCUUGGACCUUCUGGGAGUCAAUGAUCUGCACCAUAAUCAGGGGGAGUGGCAGAAAAAUGUGGCAUGAGCAGCGAGACUUCUCCAGUCAAGAUUGGAGGAGCUGA